UCGCACAACUGUUGCUUGUAAACAAACGGAAAGUUUUCUUUUAUUUGGAUUUGUUUGUUAAAGAUCUCAAGAAAUGCUGCCCCUGCGAUGCAGUUGGUCUCUGGCGCGGGCCAACUAUAGCACCAAGGCCAGAAAGGAGCUAGUGGCCCGCUAUAGCGACGAAUUCCCGGAGAAACUGCUCACCCGGAAACACAAGAUUUCGUCUCACAUGUACGUUGCGAAUGCGGAGGCUGCCCAGAGGAUUGGCCAGCAUCUGGAGCCCCAUUUUCAGAGCUCCGGUUGUGAUACUGUGAUGGAACUGAAUUCAGGGGCGGGACACUUCACCCGGCAUCUGUUGGAUAGGGAAUCUCAGUUCCGGCGGAUACUCCUGCUCGAGAGCAUGGAUCACUUUAUGCCCAAACUCCAGGAGCUUCAUGCGCUGUAUCCGGAACGCGUAAAGGUGCGGCACGGGGAUUUUGUGAACCUGUGGAAGUUGGUAUACAUGGACAAAAUGGACGGAGGCUCCAGGGUAGCCGAUUUGCUCCAUGAUGUGCCCCAGAAAGACUUCAAGGAUGAUAUCAAUAUGCUGGUCUUUGGCGCUGUGAGCUCAUAUCCGUUCUUCAAGCAUUUGAUCAACUCGCUCAUCUUCCAGACCAGUCUUUUCAAUCUCGGACGCUGCGAGAUGAUCCUCGUAAUGCCGCCGCCCAUUUACAUACACCUCACUUGCAACAAUGAAAUUGGUUACCUUAUCUACCGCUCGACGAGCGUGCUCUUCCAAAUUCUCUUCGAACACCAGUUUAUAGCCAAGGUGCCACGCGAGGAUUUCCUGCCUCAGCAAACGCCCUACAGUCCAAUUAAGGGUAGCAAGUUGGUCAAAGUGCGGUCCAUCAAUCCGGAUUAUCUGUAUCUAGUGAAGUUUUCCCCUCGCCGAAAUCUUCACGAGCUAUGUCAGUCUCAGGACCUUCCCGCCCUCUGGUUCUUUAUAAAGCAGAACUUUGUCAGCCGCCGAAAUCGAAUAAUCCCCAAUUUAGAGAAAUGGGUGCCCGGCUGUGGACCUCGGCUGAUCAUCAAUCCGCACACCUCAGAGCCCGUGACACCUACUUAUCCGAUAGAAUUGCCCAAGAAGAUGCCGCAGUAUUCCUGUCAGAGUACUACCAUGAGCACCAGAAACUUCUAUCCGGGUAUCAACAUCUACACCCAGUUUGGAGAUCUCCAGCCCAGUCAGAUGCUGACGCUCUUUAGUCAGUUCCGUCAUUGGCCGGAAUACGCCGAGAGCUCCUUCCUGGCCUCGCUUGAGAACGCGCUGCUUAAGCUGGAGACUCCCAAUGACGAACCGAACCUGGAGGACGGUGUCACGCUGCCAGAGGAGGAUGACGCCGAAGCGGACGAGAUGCUCGAAGAAGAAAGCCCCGAACCCGCAGCCCCUCCCACCAAGAGCCGGAAGAAAGCCAGCUCCUAGUUUUCUAUGGUACAAAAGCUGCGUGGAACUUAUGUACUGAAUUGAAUUCUCUAGUGAAAUCAAAUGCCUUGAUUGUUGGUUAAUUUUGCCACUCAACAAGUACUGUUAGCUGUUGUAGAAAACAUUAAUUUAAAUACAAGAAAAAUUCACAUUAAAA